AUGGAAAAAACAGCGGCGGCGCGCGGAGCUGCCUAUACACCCGAGCGCGCGCUGGGGUGUACGGACAGCUGCUGCGUCUGCGACUUUGCGCAAAAAGUGGAAAAUCAAAAUUUGAAAUUUAUUUUUAAUUUCGGAGUUUCCAAGAAGACAAAAGGGGACAAAUUCGAAGCAGCAAAUCCCCAAAAAGAAGGGCCUUCUUCCCAUUUGCUGCAUGCGCUGCUUGCUGCUGUUGCUGCUAAAGAAGUCACAAAAAGCAAAUUAAUUAAAGCCAAAAAAAACAAACAAAAGUCCCUUUCCGCAACUGCUGCUGCUGCUGCUGCGGACCGGGAAUGCCAGCAGCAGCAGGCGAUGCAGCAGCAGCAGCAGACGGUGCAGCAGCAGCAGACCGUGCAGCAGCAGCAGCAGACGCUGCAGCAGCAGGAGACGCAGCAGCAGCAGCAGGUGAUGCAGCAGCAGCAGCAGGUGAUGCAGCAGCAGCAGCCACUGCAGCAGCAGAUGAUGCAGCAGCAGCAGCAGCAACUACUGCUGCAGCAGCAGCAGCCACUGCAGCAGCAGCAGCAAUAUGAGAGCUGCAGUUUGGGGUGUGGGGUGUCUCCGUGUGUGGCGUUGAGCAAAUCUGCAGAGACGCAGCACGUGUCCAGCCCCAAACGUCAGCAGCAGCAGCGCUCUUGGACCUGCUGCUGCGCAGCAGCAGCAGCAGCAGCAGCAGCAGCAGCAACAGACGCAGCGACGGUGGCAGCAGCUGCUGCUGCAGCAACAGUUAUCACAGCAGCUGCGGUAGCAGCACUGACCACAAGGGCAGCAGCAGCAGCGACAGCAGCAGCAGCAACAACAGCAGCAGCAGCAGCAGCAGCAACAGCAGCAGCAGCAGCAGCAAUUUAUUUGCCCUUCACUGCAGCAGCAGCAGCAGCAGCAGACACUGCAGCAGCAGCAGCAGCGGCAGACGCUGCAGCAGCAGCAACAGCUACUGCAGCAACAGCAGCGGCAGCUACUGCAGCAGCAGCAGAAGCAAAUACUGCAGCAGCAGCAGCAGCAGCAAAUGCUGCGGCAGCGGGAGGCACUGCAGCAGCAGCAGCAGCAGCAGCAGCAGCAGCAGCAGGAAGGCGGGGGGAAGGCGGGGAGCAGCAAAACAGCAGCAAGAACAGCUCGUGUGUCUCUUUGCUUCUUGCUGCUGCUGAAGCUCCCUUUCCGUUGUCUCUUUUUGUCUCCUUUGCAGCAGCAAAGCCCCCAAAACAAGCCCCUCUCCCCGCUGCUGCUGCUGCUGCUGCUGCUGCUGCUGCUGCUGCUGCUGUGGAGCCCCGCAGCAGCGCGCAGCUGCGGUGUACGUACACCUCGGCGGCGGCCCCCGCCGUUUCGUUCGGCGCCGAAGAAACAGCUUUUUGGAUUUCUUUCUUUUUGCAUCGCCAAAAGAAAUUCAAAAGGGAAAAUUAA